AUGUCAUCAUCAAGGUCCAAGCUGCCACUACUCCUGUUUGGGCUCCUCCUGUGCAGCUCCUUUGCUCCUCUCCCAGUUAUCAGCGGCAAGAGACAAACCAUACAGAGUGCUGUGUCAUUGGUUCAGUCUAGCAGCCGCUCCUUGGACAAGAGGGAGGUGACAGCCAGAGAUGGAGAAUACCUGCUGGGCAUAAAAAGACAGAGAAAGCUUUACUGUAAUGUUGGCAUCGGCUUCCACAUCCAAGUCUUACCAAACGGGAAGAUCACAGGCGUGCAUAAUGAAAACAGAUACACCCUUCUAGAAAUUUCCACUGUGGAGAGAGGAGUGGUGACCAUGUUUGGAAUGAGGAGUGGUUUCUUCGUUGCCAUGAGCGACAAAGGCAAACUCUAUGGCUCGGGCCACUACAAUGAUGAAUGCAAGUUUAAGGAGAAGCUCCUGGCCAACAAUUAUAAUGCCUAUGAAUCUGCUGCUCACCCUGGCAUGUACAUAGGCCUCAGCAAGACUGGCAAAACCAAGAGAGGCAACCGUGUCACCACCAACAUGACUACGACACACUUCCUUCCCAGGAUAUGA